AUGUCGGUGUUGUUAUUCGCGAUGAGUGCAAUCUUAAUGUUAUCCGCAAUUCUAAGGCAAAGGAAAAGGAAAAGGCCAAGGCAAAAACGAACAAUGGUUGCACAUCCUUCCACAUGUUCGUUCUCAAUGCCAAGCACAUCUUUAGCUCCACAAACGAAUUGGCCUACUCUUACAACUCCUUCCCUUCAAGAGGAUCUAUGUACUAAUGAGGAAUUAGAGGAUAUGCAUAUGAGUCCAAUGGUUAGUACUCGAGCACAUAUAAAUUCAUGUCGUCAUUCUCUUGGCAAGAUGGAUGUAUUAUGUCCUUUCUGUUCAGCAUUACAUUGGAUGGAUGAAAAAUUAGUAAAAUCAUCUCCAAACUGUCCUCUAUUCGGAACAUGUUGUUCAAAAGGGAAAGUUAAGCUUCCUCCGCUUAUUACACCCCCUUCACUUCUUCAAGCAUUAUAUGAUGGGAAUGAUGAUAAAUCAAAAUCAUUUCGACGUUAUACUCGAGUGUACAAUGCAACAAAUGCUUUUACAAGUCUUGGUGCUACAUUAGAUCCAAGAGUACUUACUGGAAGAGGCCCUACAUUAUUCACUAUCCAUUGGGAAUUGCGACAUCAAACAGGAUCACUACUACCACAAUCAGGGCAAGAUGCAGCUUAUGCACAAUUGUACAUUUACUAG